UAAACACAAAAUGGCACUUAGCAUCUAAAUAUGAAAGCCACAGAAAAAUAUAUGCAAGAGCAUACUUCAAACAUACUUCUGCUGAGAAAAAAAAUUGCCUUGCUGCAUCUUCUCUCUGUGCCUUACACACCUGUAAAGGCCAGCAGAUCAAGUCAGGCAGAAACCUCAGGGUGGGAGAGGGAAGGAGCCCAGGUGGGUGCAGCAGCAUGUCCUGGGCUGCCCGAGGCAGGGCAGCCUGUGCCAGGGGUGUGUGCCCAGGCUUGCAGGGACCUGGGCUGCAGCUCUGGGGAGGGGCUCUGCUCCUGUGCCUGCACACCCUGCACACCCUCUGCACCCCAGAGCACCCCCGCUGUCACUGAGACCACUGCUGUGGCACACAAGGACUUUUUCCUUCUGGCUCUCAUGGAGGAGCGUCCCCUGACUGUGGUGCCUCUGCUCCUGGAGUCAAAAGCAGCAGCAGCUGUGAAGCUCAGCCUCCUCUUGGCUUUGUUGCCCUGGUGAAUUUUGGAGCUGGAAGAGCGAAGCUUUGAUGUUGGCUGGAAUACUUGACUUUCCUGUACCUGUCUAAGAUCAUGAUUAGGCUUUUGUGCUUGAUCAAACGAGAAAUCUCCAUUAAAGGGCUGCACCAAGUACCUGUUGGCUUGAUUGAAAGGCAAAUAACAAUCGGCUGUUUUCCCAGCUCUUAAGGAAACGAGCCCCACUCAAGCCUCAAGUGGAGCUUUUGUUGUAAGAACAAGUGUAAUGACCCAUUUUAAACAAUACUUCAGCAGGAGGAAGUUCAGGCCUUCUCUACUGCAUUUCCACAGAGCUGCAAUCUUGCAGUGAAGAAAUUGUUAGCCCUGCAAUUAGGCACCUUUAAUUGAAUCCCUGCCACUUGCUUAAUUACAGCAGCACUUCAGGCACCCCGUGAGAAGCAGUGAAAUCAGCCCUGCCCCACCUCUUCCAGGCUGCCAUUGGCUGCAAACCUGCCCGGCUUGAUGGGCUGCACUCAGGGGCAGUUCAAAGCCAAUAAAUAGCAGGGCCUUGGAGCACUCAGGAAUGGAUUUCCACCUGUGGGGCUCCGGGCUGGAGCCAGCCUCUCCCCAGGAACCCGACCUGCUGCACCAGCAAGCCGCUGCAGAAGACAUUGCCUGUCCUGCAGCUUCCACUGGAGCUUUCCAGAGUCCAUGGCUCGUGUGGGUAGGUGACUUUGGGGGCAGCUGGAGCCUCUCAGGGAGCUGGAGCCUCUUUGGGCAGCUGGAGCCUCUCGGGGCAGCAUGGCCUGCUGCGUGCUGCAGAUCACCGGGCUGAUUUUCGGCGGCGUGGGCAUGCUGGGCACGCUGGCGGCCACGGCCAUGCCCCAGUGGAGGGUGUCUGCCUACGUGGAGGCCAACAUGGUGGUGUUUGAGAGCAUCUGGGAGGGGCUCUGGAUGGACUGCAUCAGCCAGCUGGGCCUCAGGCUGCAGUGCAAGCUCUACGACUCGGUGCUGGCGCUGCCGCCGCCGCUGGAGGCCCUGCGCGCCCUGAUGUGCCUGGCCGUGGUGCUGGCCAUCGUGGCCUUCCUCAUGGCCAUCGUGGGGGUCAAGUACAGCCAGAGUGGCAAGGAGGGGCCCCGGGUCAGUGCCUUCGUCCUGGCAGCGGGGGUGGCCUUCCUGCUGACGGGCAGCCUGGUGCUGGUGCCGGUGUCCUGGACCGGGGGCGGCAUCGUCCGCGACUUCUACGACCCCGCGGUGCCCGCGCCCCUCAAACGGGAGCUGGGGGCUGCCCUCUACGUGGGCUGGGCCAGCAGUGCCCUGCUGCUGGCUGCAGGAGCCAUGUACUGCCACGUCUGGAGCAGGGCUGGCACGGCUGCCAGGCCCAGCCACCCCUGGCUGGCGGCGCGGGCAGCGCUGCCCCGGGCGGGAGCGCCGGCCCUGGGCGUCCAUGCCUACGUGUAGCUGCUGCCCACGGAGAGCUCUGGGGGAACAGAGCCCUAAGGAUCAUCCACCCCAGCCCCUGCCACGGCAGGGACACCUUCCACCACCCCAGGUGGCUCCAAGCCUCAUCCAGCCUGGCUUUGGACACUGCCAGGGAUCCAGGGCCAUGCUGAGAUCUUCCCACCUGACAUUGAUUGACUUCUUAAUUUGCCUCCAGGAGGAGAAAUGUUGUUGCCCUGCUGUUUGCUGCUGACUUGGGUCUCUGCUCUCUGAUGGCUGGCAGGAGCUGCUCUCACACAGGUGUGUGGUCAGAGCCCAGUCUCCAUCGCUUUGGGAAUGAGGAAUGGCGUGGGACAGCAGCAGCCUGUGCUGGGCUGGAGGGAAGGAGCAGCUGUGCAGGACCCAGUGCCCUGCCCAGACCCCUGAGGGGCAGAGGGAGCAGGGCAUUUCCCUGAGGAGUGGAGUGUCCCUAAGGAGUGCCCUGGGAGAAGCCUGGAGCUGGCAGCAUGGCCCAGUGAGCAGAGAAGUUUGUGCUGCCCCAGCAGAGGCCUCUGGGACUGUCCAUGGAUCUCUCUGAUGCUCGUGGAGCUGGUGUAUCCUCCUCUCCUCCUCUGCAGAGCUCGGCACAGCCCCUGCUCAGGCAGCCCAUGCCAAGUGCAAUGACCCAGCCAGGGAAUGCACAGGCAGUCCCCACCUGCCCCUCAGAGCACAGAGCUGCUGCCCACGGCUCCCAGCACGCCCAAAAAGCCAAGCCCUGACCUUGCUCCAGCUGCUCUGUGCUUGCCAGGCUGCCUUGGGAAUGCAGCCUGGUCCUGUCUGUCUGUCCUGCAGGAUCCAACAGCAUUUGCAUGGUUUGGAAUCCCAGCAUUCCCAGCUGAAAGCCUUGGAGCCUGCGUGUGACUUCCAUGGUGAACUGAGAUGAGGCAGUGCCGUGCUCCACAGAAAUGCAUUACAUGGAUUAACUCAGGAGCAUUUGCAUUGAAGGCAGCCAGCUCAGAUCCUGCACUGGGAAUUUUCCAGGCCCCACCAAACUGGUUUCACGUCUCCAGCUCAUCACUCGAGCAGUCAAAUCAGCACUUACUAAUCCUAGAUGGAAAUUGAAGAAAACACUCGUAAAUAGGUUUUUCUAGCACUGAACCAUUUUUUUUUUUCCUGUUGUCUCAUGAAGUCUGUCACUGACAGCUGAUUUCAGUGGAGUCGUUCUGGUGACUUUUGUGAUAAUUUCCACCACCCUGAGGAACCCCACCUCCUAUUUUAUUGUGGGGUUUUUUUUUUCCUUAUAAUGCAUAUUUUGUUUAAUAUGGAACUAUUUGGUGAGUAAGCCAGAAUUGCAGAUUUUGGAGUAAUUUAGAUAUGACAUUUGUGAUUAACAAAGCAGAGGCUGAAGACAUUUGCAAUGCAAAUCUGAUACAUAUUUAUGUGUAGGUAAUGGAUUUAAAUGAUGAUGUAUUCAGUGUAAUGCAACUUUAUGCAGAUGUAAGUGCUUAAGAAGUAAUUAAGUACAGUUUUCUGUAACAUUAAUUAGAGGAUCCUGAACGCUUCCACUAUCAGUGGCCUCAUCUGGGAAUCAGACUGGAACUGGGUGUGCCAUUUGCACUGGCAACUUUAUUUUCAAAGGGCAGGAAGACGAUAGAACUGUUUUAUUUGAGCAUUUAAGAUCCGUUUCAAAGCAAACCUGAGCUUUUCAUGUCUGGCAUGAGCACCUGAUGACUGCAUAUUCCCCGUUUCUGUCUUUUUCCAGCUGAUCAAAAGAGGAGCUCAGGCAGCCCCGUGCUCGUGUGUGGGCUCGGAGCCCAGCCCUGCCUCCAAGGGCAGAGCAGGCUGGGCUGCUGCUGGCAUGUCUGGGGUUGAGUGGCACGAAUGGCACUCUCUGGUGAUGCGUGGAGCAUCUCAGGCUCACAGGAAUCCCUUCCAGGGUGUUCACAUUUCAGAGCCUGCUGCAGGAGCAGCUGUCUCAGGUGGGGCUGACCUGCAGGACGGGGAAGCAGGGGCUGCCUCCUCCUGCUGAGCAGAACUGGAAUUCCCCCAGCGCUGCAGCUGCCCCGGUGCUCUGUGCCCACAGCCCAGGCACAGCUGGCAGAGCCUGCAGCCCCCCUGCACUGCUGGGACAGAGCUGGGUGAAUAUCGUGGUUAAAUCUCUGCUCUGAUGUGCUUUGAUGUUUGGUGACUGCAGGACCAAGUGACUUUGGGAACAAAUGUGUCCAGCUGAGCUCUUGCUGUGUAUUUGAAAUAAACGCAUGGCCUUGCCACCAAAAUCCACAA